ACGAAAGUAGCUUCCAUGAUAAGACCAUCCAGGCCUCAAUUAUAACAACUGGCGUGCUAAAAACAUAUUUUUAUAUAUGUGGUGUUUGCUGUUACGUUAAGAUGGCGGACCUCGAUAUUCUCAAGAGGGACUAUCCAGUUUAUGAAGGAAUUGGUUUACCAAAGAUGGCAACAUUUUUUGAGGAGAAUGUUGAAAAAACGAUACAAAAUAUCCAAGGCUUGAAGCUUGGUCCUGAUGCAGUUAUUCUGGCCACGUUUCCUCGAUCGGGAACACACUGGGUGUACGAAAUUGUUCACAUGCUGCUUAAUAAAAAGGCAGAGUAUGCUACAAAGUCCAGAGAGGCUGUUUACUUGGAAGGUUUGUCAGACCUUGGUCCUCUGCAGUCUUAUAAUCAGGUCGUCAGCACACACCUUCCAUUCCAGUGGCUACCAAAACAGCACUUGGAGACUGGUGGCAAAAUUAUUCAUGUCAUUAGGAACCCGAAAGAUGUUGCAGUUUCCUUGUAUAAAUUCUUGGAUUCUUGCAAUGCCAUACAGAAACCAUUUGAAGAGUUCGUAUUUGGAUAUUUUUUAAAAGAAAAGGCGAUGUAUAGCGGCUGGUUCGAUUACAACAAGGCGUUCAUCAGAGAGUCGGAAGCGCGAAAAGACCAAAUCAUCAUGUUGCAAUACGAAAAGCUGCAAAGAAAUACAAAAGAGGAACUCAGAAGAUUGGCCGAAUUCUUAAACAUAAAAGAUGCGGAUCCAUUGCUGCAAGACAUAGCAGAGAAGUGUAGCUUUAACAGCCUUAAAACCGCUGAAGAAACAUCGCGAAAUGAUGAUACCAUGUCGGAUAUAAUGAAAUCCAUAAAUCGGAAGAACAAUCCCACCGUAUAUAGAAAAGGUAAAAUUGGAGACUGGAAGAAUCAUUUCACAGUAGCAAUGAGCGAAACAUUUGACAAGACAUACGCAGAUAACAUGAGAAAUGUAGCAUUGGAUAUCGAUUUUGUCUAGUGUUAAAUUUAAAAAACGGAACACAUAACAUUCGUUCUAUAUUUUCAUAUCUAUGCAUUAUAACCUCAAAUGUUUUGGCUAUAUUUGUCCAUACUUAGUUAUUAGUCUAUAACUGUAAUAUUACGCAUUGGGAUAUCACACACUGUUUACAACUCAACAGUGUAUGAUAAAAAAACAAUUAGAAUUCUAUAUCAACAUCGAACUUCGAGGCUUUACUAGAACUUAAUAAUUAAGUAACAUCGGUAAAAGGGACGGCAACAUAUUGAAUUUCACCCUCAUACAUUGGAACUCUUGUUUCUGGUUGAUCAACGUCACACAAUAAAUUGGAUCCAAAGUAUUAAUCAGCGGUAUAGAACCCAUGUUAUCUACAAAAAUAAACAUUUGAAAGAACGUACA